AUGGCACAAUCAAUCCACCAUAUAGCCCAAACCGGCUUCUCGGACGCCUCAUCCUACGACAAACACAGACCCACCUACACCACCCACGAAACAGACCUGAUCUUGAAUCGCACCCAUUGCGCAAAUCGUCAGGAUCUUAAAAUAGUUGACCUCGCGGCCGGCACCGGAUUGUUUACGGAAGCUCUGGCUGUUAGGCCAGAGGGAUAUGAAAUCAUUGCUGUUGAGCCGCAUGAUGAAAUGAGAAAGGAGUUGGAAGGGAAGGGUUUGAAUGGAGUGAGCGUUGUGAAGGGAUAUGCACAGGAAUUGCAGAUUGAGAGUGGAAGUGUGGAUGGGGUUUUCGCUACGCAGGCGUUUCAUUGGUUCGCUACUCUGGACUCCCUCCAAGAGAUUAGACGCAUCCUGAAACCAGACGGCUACUUUGCAAUGAUAUGGCACGUCAAUGACUGUCACUCCUCCCACCCUCUGACCAAGACACCUCGGUACUUACUACGCGUAUCCUCUUUAACGCGUAGCUGUGGUAUGGUUAUUGCGUAG